UUAUAGUGAUGAAAUUUUAUAUUGUAUUUUGUGUUUGUUUUAUUCUUGCUACAGCUUACGAGGAUGAUUAUUUCAAAUUCGAAAAAUCAGAAAAGUUUGGAGGAAUUUGUGACAAAAGGACAAUAUAUAAUGGAUGGGCUUAUAAACCUACUCCCGGAACUUGCGACCAAUUUUAUCAGUGCGACGAAGAAGGUGUUCCACAUCAACAAAGCUGUGCAGCAGGAGCAUUCUACGACGGAAAUGAAUGUCGACAUGCAGAAAAAGUGCACUGUCCUUAUGAUCCUUGCCAGAGGAAACCACAUGGCUACAGUUAUGCUGAUGGCCAGAGUUGCUAUGGCUACUAUGUUUGUAUAAAUGGACGGUCAAAGUACUUGACAUGUCCGAAUGGGUUUUACUACAAUGCUCACAAAAAGUCGUGCCACUCUGAUCCUACCUGCUUUAAAGAUAACCUAAAGCAUCCUUGCUCAUUCGGAACAACAUACCCUUGUCCUGGAAAGCCAGAUCAGUUCUAUCUAUAUGACGGUCGAUCAACCUUGACUACCAUGAGAUGUCCAAGGGGAUUGUGGUAUCGACCUGACUUGUGUACUUGUGAUUGGAUAAUUCCAGGGAAAAUUCAGAAGCACGGUUGUUCUCCAAUGUUUCACUUCACAUACAAUGGAAAUUUUCUGGAAAAGUAUAACAGAGUACAGCAAGUUCCAAACAACAACGUUGCCAUUUACCGGAAAUCAGCUCUCUUCAAUAAAGGAGGGAAAAUAAUCAUAUGGGCCAUGAACAACAUUGAUUUGGACAAUGAAUUUUCUCUGUGCUUUGAGUUCAUGGCAAAAACAUACAAAGGAGAAGUCGCUUUGAUGUCGAAUGAUCAAAAUGGAUAUGGCGCUACCUAUAAAAUAUCGUACAUUCCUGCGCUUGGUGUCGUAAAGGCUUAUAUUUUACAGAAAAAUAAGCGACUGAUACAGAUGCAAGUAUUUGGUGUUAACCCAAGCAGAGCACAUUUUGUCCGUUUUGCGAGAUCAGACGAUAAGCUGACACUUAGAGUUAACAACAUGGCACCAGCUUCAGUAGAAUGUGAUGAUGGUAUUGCAAAGAAUGGAAAUCCUAUGGUGAUAGGUCAAGCAGGAGGGUGCACAGAUUUUCAAGGAUUUAUCGACGAGGUGAAGUUUUAUAACUGUGUUCCAAAAGGAUUUCUUGACGUAUAUGAUGACUUGGAUUCUGAUAACCGCCAUCACCAUGAAAGAGACAGCGAUGUUGAAGACUUUCAUUAAUAACUGUUAGCUGUGAAGUUUGACAAUGAAAACUUUCUGAUCUUACCAUUAAAAUUUUAUGUAAACUUCACUAAAGAUUUAAAUUAAAAUUGUGUAUCGCAGAAUAAACAAUCAGUGUCGAUCUAAGAACAACAUAUAGCCCAAGAUCAAACUUCGUAUGAUCUCUAUUACAUAUAAUUGUAAUAAUUUUCAAUAAAGAAAAUAGAGAUUUUAAAUUUGUAUGUAUUUUUUUAUUUCAUUUUGUUCAUUUUUUUCUUUUUAAUGGCAAGGCUUGAGUUAAAUAUACUUUCUAAUGGCAGGGUUGAUAUAAUUAUACUUAUGUUGUAUUUAAAUAUAUUUUGUACUUGUUGA